CACCGCCGGUGGAGGGCACUCAGUUAUAAUAAUACAGCUCGAGCUACGGCGUCUCGAUUUGGACAAAAAGUGUCGUUUCCAGUCCAUCAAUGACGAUGGGUGACACGAUAUUUGAAGAAUUAGAAGAUUUGAUGCAUUUUUCUGUCGCCGAUUUGCCCGCUCGUGGAUAUGCAGUGAUGGAGGAGAUCCGACGGCAAGGGAAACUGUGUGACGUUACGCUAAAAGUAGGAGAGCACAAGUUCAGUGCUCACAGAAUAGUCCUCGCUGCUUCUAUUCCGUAUUUCCAUGCCAUGUUCACCAACGAUAUGGUGGAGUGCAAACAGGAUGAGAUCGUCAUGCAGGGCAUGGAUCCCAGUGCACUUGAGGCCCUUAUAAACUUUGCCUACAACGGACACAUAGCCAUAGACCAACAGAACGUCCAGGCCCUCCUGAUAGGAGCCAGUUUCUUGCAGCUUCAAAACGUCAAAGAUGCCUGCUGCUCUUUUCUACAACAGAGGUUGCAUCCCAAGAAUUGUCUCGGUGUGCGGCAGUUUGCUGAGACUAUGAUGUGUACCACACUAUACGAUGCAGCCAACAGCUUCGUUCACCAGCACUUUGUGGAGGUGUCUGUGUCUGAGGAGUUUCUGGCCCUUCGGCCGGAGGAGGUGCUUGAGCUGGUGGGCUGCGACGAGCUCAACGUCCAAGCAGAAGAGCAGGUGUUUGAGGCAGUGUUGGCUUGGGUGCGACACGAACGUGAUGAUCGGGAGUCACGUUUACCGGAAUUACUGUCUAAAAUCAGACUACCUUUAUGUCGGCCUCAGUUUCUGGCAGACCGAGUCCAGCAGGACGAGCUUGUACGCUGCUGCCACAAAUGCAGGGAUCUUGUCGAUGAGGCGAAAGAUUACCAUUUGAUGCCGGAGCGACGGCCACAUCUUCCAGCUUAUAAGACCCGACAGAGAUGUUGCACAUCCAUCGCUGGUUUAAUCUAUGCAGUUGGGGGUCUCAACAGUGCUGGUGACUCGUUGAAUGUUGUGGAGGUGUUUGAUCCUAUUGGAAACUGCUGGGAGCGAUGCCAGCCAAUGAGCACAGCGCGCAGUCGUGUGGGCGUCGCAGUUGUGAAUGGGCUACUUUAUGCCAUUGGUGGUUAUGAUGGUCAGUCGCGGCUGAGAACUGUGGAGGUUUACAACCCAGACACUGACACGUGGACUAAAGUCGCUAGCAUGAACACUCAACGCAGUGCAAUGGGAACUGUUGUAGUUGAUGGCCAUAUAUACGUCUGUGGUGGAUACGAUGGCAAAUCCUCUCUGAAUUCAGUUGAGUGCUAUGCUCCAGAGACGGACAGAUGGACGAUAGUCACAGAAAUGAGCGCAAGCCGCAGUGCUGCCGGUGUCACUGUAUUUGAAGGCAGAAUAUAUGUUUCAGGUGGUCAUGAUGGUCUUCAGAUCUUCAACACGAUGGAGUACUACAACCAGCAUACAGCAUCAUGGCACCCUGUUGCUCCCAUGAUAAACAAGCGCUGUCGGCACGGCGCUGCAGCUCUGGGCAGCAACCUGUAUGUAGCAGGAGGAUAUGACGGCUCUGCAUUUCUCAGUGGAGCAGAAGUUUACAGCUCUGUAGCGGAUCAGUGGAGCCACCUAGUGGCCAUGAACACUCGCCGCAGCCGCAUUUCUCUAGUGGCCAACUGCGGUCGACUCUACGCAGUGGGAGGUUAUGACGGACAGUCCAAUCUUAGCUCUUUGGAAAUGUACGACCAGGAAACCAACCGCUGGACGUUUAUGGCACCGAUGGUUUGCCAUGAAGGUGGGGUCGGGGUAGGUUGUAUACCCUUACAGCCCGCCUAAUGCCACAGUCUCCCUCAGCCUAAAUGGACAUUUUGAUUAUUAUA